UACUCAUAUAUAUUUAUAUAUAAUUGAUAUCAAUUCUUUCGUUGUUCUUAAGAACGUUAACUAGAAAAUGCUUCCGCAGCCAUCUCAGCUUCUGGGCGUGGCAUUGCUACUACUGGCCCUGGUCUGCCAGAGUACAGUUGGCAAAAAGUUAGAGAAGCGCUGUGUCAACUGCUCAUAUCGUACGUAUUACACCUACGGCGAUGGCCGUUCCCUGCAGCGUGUUAUCUACCAAGAUCCGGUCUACACUCGUGCUGCCCAGACCUAUGGCUGCAGUGGAAGUCCGUGCGGCGUGAAUGCCAUUUGCCAGGAGGCUGCCGGCGGCCGUCCGGUCUGCUCCUGCCCGCCCGGCUAUAGCGGUAAUCCGCUUACGCACUGCAAUCGCGGCGAGUGCCUGGACAACGUCGACUGCCGCGGCGACCUCCAGUGCAAGGAUAAUCGUUGCGUUAACCCCUGUGUCGGCGCCUGCGGCAUUGGCUCCAACUGUGAGGCCAGAAAUCAUGUUGCCGUCUGCAGCUGCCCAGCUGGCUACAAUGGCGAUCCGUACACCGCCUGCCACCUGAACGAUCCAGAGGAGCAGUGUCAUCCGAGCCCGUGCGGUAUUAACACCAAAUGCGAGAUUAUUAAUGGCGUGCCCACAUGUUCCUGUCUGCAUGGCUACCUGGGCAAUCCGUUGAGCGGCUGUCGCCACGAGUGCGAGCGAGACAGCGAUUGUGGCGGACGCGAUAUGUGCAGCAAUUUCAAGUGUGUGCCCUCGUGUGGCCAAUGUGGCAUCGGCGCCAAUUGCAAGUCGGUAUCGAAUCACCGGGCCGUGUGCGAAUGCCCCAAGGGCUAUAUUGGUAGCCCGUAUACGGAAUGCCGACCGGAAUGCUAUGGUGAUUCGGACUGCCCGGCUGGCCGGCCAGCCUGUUUCUAUGGCAUCUGCAAGAACACCUGCGACGGCGCCUGCGGCAUUGGUGCCGAUUGCAAUCUGCGCGGCUUGACGCCCGUCUGCAGCUGCCCGCGCGACAUGACCGGCGAUCCCUUCGUGCGCUGUCGCCCCUUCACCAAGGAGGAUCUAUGCGAGCCGAAUCCGUGCGGCACCAAUGCCAUCUGUGUGCCCGGCCACGACAACACCGGACGCGAGCGACCCGUCUGCAACUGCCUACCUGGCCACACCGGCAAUCCGCUCUCCCAUUGCUCACGCGGCGAGUGCCUCAGCAACAACGAGUGCCCGGACCACAGGGCCUGCAUCAACUACCAGUGCGUCGAUCCGUGCAUUGGCAAGUGCGCCACCGGCGCCAGUUGCCAGGCGAAGGCACAUCUUGCGGUCUGCCGCUGUCCACAAGGACAGACAGGCGAUGCGCUCGUCUCCUGCCGCCAGACACGCACCUUCCCAGUGGCCAAAUACCACUAAGGUGACCCCAUCCACCCAUCGUCUAUCUAUUUGAGUGGUUGGAGAAC